AUGACUGCGGUGCCGAAACUUCGUGCACCCAUUUUACCAUCUCCCAUUUUAAUGGCGACCUCCUUUAGAAAGUAUCUUAGGACAUUUUUAAGGUCUUUUAGGCUAAAUUUAAUUGAGGUAUUGCCAAGUCCUUCAGCUAAAUGUCUGCCACAUAUAAAAGCUUGCAGUUUUGUUCCAUCUAGACCAGUUGUAAGAGGUACUGAUUAUGAGAAGGAAAUCCCUGUAGAAAAAGGGAACAUUACUGGAACCCUAAAGCUUCAGAAAGACAUACACAUUAAAAAGCUUACUGAUGAGGAUCUUACUAAAAUCAAAACCAACUUUCAACUCCAAAGCCUCUUUUAUUCUUCCAAAAGAGCUGAUCAAGUGAUUGUGAAGGGAAAUGCUGUGAAUGAUGUGCAGAACGCUUUGUUAUAUUUAGAUAAAUUUCUAACAGGUCAGAAGAGAGAAAAUAACCUUGAGAUCAAUCAAACCUUGAACUUAUCCACUGAUGAGAGUUCAGAGCAAUCUGUUUUAUUCCUGUUAGGGUUCAAAGCUAAGAUGAAAAAGUAUUUGUCAAAGGAAACUAAAUGUACACUCCACCUGGAAAUAUGCCCUCCUUAUUCUGUAACUGCCACUGGUGAUCAUUACCAUGUUAGUAAAGCCAUUCAAAAAUUGGAAACAUUUAUUGAAAGGAUCCUGAAGCAACACAAUAUUUGUGAAAUGGUACCAUUUUCAGUGUUAGAUACUGGUGGUUUAUAUCAAAUAUACCUUUGUGAAGAUCUUCUCCAAAACCAUCCCUUAUUCAAACCACAAAACCAACUAGCACAACUAGGGAAAGAUCCCAGCUUUUUCUUGAUGCCAAAUUUUAGUCAACUACCAUAUGGUAUGAAAGUGUUUGCAAAUAGCAAUGAGGAAUUAUUCAGGGCCAAAGAAUUAGUGAAAAAUGUUUUACUUCUUCAAAAGAAAAAGUGCUUUAAAAGAGUUGCUAUCAAGGAAGAUGAUUUAGCUUUCUUAAAUGCAUCAAAGACUUUUUCAGAAAAUUUAAGGAAAAAAACUCAGUGCACAUUUAUAAUGACUGGAAAAGGGACCAGCAUAGAAAAACACAAUCCUCCACAAGUAAUUCUCCUAGGACCAACAAUGGCUUCUGUUGACAAUGCAGUUAAAGAUGUGAAAGCAUUCAUUGAUCACAAGGAUAAACUAUUUUUGCAUUCAGAAGCAAGGACAGUCAAAGUUCUUAAGUUUACUUAUAAUAAACAUAUUAUACAAAGUCUCUUGAAGUCAGAUGGAGAAAUAUUGUAUGAGUUGGAAAAAGAAACAGGAUGUAAUAUUCAUUUUAAAGGGAUGAGAAGUGAAGGUGUGUUCAGUAUUGUUUUAACGGGUGAAAAUGAAGAACAAGUUUUGAAAGCUGGUGUGGUUGUGAGAAGGUUCUUUGAGGAUCAUAGCAAGAUGUUUAAAGCGAUGAAAAUUAUUAAACUUCCAUGUGCUAGUGAAGAUGACAACUUUCUGUUUGAUUUCUUACUUGGGCGUGAUAAAGCAAGUCAUCGAAAGAAACUGGAAAGAGAUCAUAAAUGUAAAUUGGUGCUUGAUUUGCACAAUCAUACUUUAAAAGUGUACUCAGAAACUCAAGAACAGUUAAAAGAAGCUGUAAUUCAAGUGGAAAAUGUCAUACAGGAGGGAGUUGAGAACUUUGCUGAACUAAAAUUUAGAAGGAAAUUGCAUUUAGAAGAGGAUCUUGGAGGGCAUUUUAUCAAGAAGAUCUGCUCUGGUGUUGGUAGUUUACAAGGUGCUUUAGAGAGAGAAACUCAGUGUACUCUUAUUAUCAGAGGGCAAAAUGGGAGCAUUGGAUUUUCACAUUCAAAUAAACCAUUUCACAUUUUAGUAUGUGCAAAAACUCAGGCUCUUUUAGAAGCUGGAAUGAAGACAGUCAGUGAAGUGAUAAAAAAAGAAAGUGAAAUUUAUAGAAUGGAAUUUUUCUUCCAUUACAAUUAUAAUCCAAAACUAGUGAAGAACUUUAGCACAUUAAAUAAGUCACCUGAGUGACUCAAACUAUUUUUUGUCACUACUUUUGUGUGUAAUUGGAUGAUAGUAAACUUUUGAACAUUUUCUUUUCUUCUACCGAAUAGUGCAUUUGUUUUAAUCCAUAAUUUCUGUCCUAGCUGACAAAACAGGUAACGACGUAUAAGGCUUAUUAUUUUAAUUGUAUUUUAGGGGAACUGGGAUUUAAUUCUGCAAGUGGUAAUCCAACAGUGAACUUAUACACAUAGCUCCGUUUCUAAGGAGGAAAUUCUUCAAAAUCAUGUCAGUUUUAAAUAUUUUUGAUAUUCCCAACAACCAAAGUGAAUUUGAAUUACCGUAUAUACCUAAACCUAAACUGGAUUUCUAAACUUCAUAAAAAUCCUUACAAAGAUACGUACAUGUAACAGGUUCCAGUAAGUGUUCUACCAAUCCUCUUUCUUUAUUCUUAAGUUUCUGAUUGACAAUAUAUAUGUAAUUUUUGGAGAUCAGGUCUUCCAACAAUCUGUCAGAGUUCCCAUGGGUACCAAUAGCACCCCGUUAUUAGCAAACCUAUUUAUUGUAUUCAUAUGAAGCAGAACGUAUUAUCAAUUAACAAUAUUUACCUCCAUUCAUAU